AUUUAACAGUAGCCAAUAAGAUCGCGUUGUGCGUGAGCCAACCAAUCAGAAGUCUUCGUAUUACCGGAUGUGUUUUACUCGGCGAGCGUGUGUAGCUCGGUAGCGGUUGGUAGCUCGAAAAACUCAUUCAUUUGAAAAGAAGAUAAUAGUUUUGGUCGUUUUUCGUUUAUUGUCGGGAUUUGAGUAUUUUUCCACAACAAUGAUCGAACCGAAGAAGCGUGGCGCAGAGAUGGCAGUCGUUCCCGUCGGAGUGAAGAGGCCCCGGACAGAGCUGGUGGCUGCAGCGCAGGCCCAGCAGCUCUCUGCUAUGGGCCCCCCGCGCAGCUCCAGUCUGCAGGCUCCUAUAAUGCUGCUCUCUGGUCAUGAAGGUGAAGUUUACUGCUGCAAAUUUCACCCCAAUGGAGCCACGUUAGCCUCCUCUGGAUAUGACCGUCUCAUCUUGCUGUGGAAUGUAUAUGGCGACUGUGAGAACUAUGCAACACUUAAAGGCCACAGUGGAGCUGUGAUGGAGCUUCAUUAUAACACGGAUGGCAGUCUGCUCUUUUCAGCCAGUACGGACAAGACGGUGUGUGUGUGGGACAGUGAGACAGGGGAGCGUGUGAAGCGUCUGAAAGGUCACACGUCCUUCGUGAACUCAUGUUUUCCGGCUCGGCGCGGACCACAGCUGGCCUGUACGGGCAGCGAUGAUGGAACUGUGAAGCUGUGGGACAUUAGGAAGAAGGCCUCUGUUCACACAUUCCAGAACACGUAUCAGGUUCUUAGUGUGACAUUCAAUGACACCAGUGACCAGAUCAUCUCAGGAGGCAUCGACAACGACAUAAAGGUAUGGGACCUCAGACAGAACAAGCUGAUUUACAGUAUGCAGGGUCAUGGAGACUCUGUGACAGGUCUGAGUCUCAGUGCAGACGGGUCCUACCUGCUGUCUAACUCAAUGGAUAACAGCGUGCGUGUCUGGGAUAUCCGUCCAUUUGCACCAAAGGAGAGGUGUGUGAAGAUCUUUCAGGGAAAUGUCCAUAACUUUGAGAAGAAUCUUCUCAGAUGCUCUUGGUCUCCUGAUGGGAGUAAGAUUGCAGUUGGUUCUGCUGACAGGUUUGUGUAUAUUUGGGACACAACAUCCCGUAGGAUCCUUUAUAAGCUCCCGGGUCAUGCUGGGUCUGUUAAUGAGGUCGCUUUCCAUCCAGAAGAACCAAUUGUUCUCUCUGGAUCCAGUGAUAAACGCCUCUACAUCGGAGAGAUUCAAUAACUGUGUGUUUGUGUGUGCGAAUGCUGUUUAUGUGACUGUGUCUGAAUGUGCGAGUGAGAAGAGGAUGGGUAGAGGGGGAUAUGGUUUGGACUUUUGCCAUUAGUGUUUGAUUUGAAAACAGUGAUGAACAGUUGAGGGAAAAUGUUGAACGUUGGCUUUUUUAUGCUUUUAAUAAACUUGUUUCUAGAAUUA